AUGGAUAAUCCAGAAGUUACUCCUCCAAAUUUAAGUGAAAAUUUAACUCCAACUAACGAGGUUAACGGAGUUUCUCGUCUUUUGAAAUUUCCAGUUUUGGACUACGUUAAUGAAGUACGAUUUAAACGUGGUAUAAAGCUUGAAGAAUAUGGCCGUUUUCGAAAAUAUUGCUCCAGAAAAUUACACCAGUUAAGAAAACAGUUUAAGUCCGUACCUAACAAAAGUGGAAAAUACAUACACGAAGAAUUCCCAGAAGUCUUGAAUGAUAAUAGGUUAGUUAAUUUGAUAUUUGUAUAUUUAAUUAUUAGGUACCUGGAAAUUGUCACCCUAAGGUGCGAAAGAGCAUGGAGUUACGCCAUGGAUUUGAAAUCUAAAUGUGAAACUUCUACACUAAAAAAUAACCGCGGAAGACACUAUUAUAUGCGUAAAUUCGGAAAAGCAUACCGUCUCUCAGUGCUUCUUGAAGACUAUAGUAAAAAAUUCGCAGAUAACAGCACUAUUAGUGCAUCUAAGUUGUAUCAUAAUUUUUUUGAGGGCGUUUUGAGGUACGAACAAGGAAGGUACGAGGAGGGGUAUUCAUGUUUGACGACAUACUCAUCAGUAAUUGAACAAAAGAUAAGAACAACAGCUGGGUUGCCUCAAUGUGAGUGGUAUAACUCACAACUGACCCAGUUAAAUGCAAUCAUUAAGAUGUGCACAUUCCACAUGAAGGUCAUGGGUAAAGUAGUGUCAACCCCAACCCUGAGCCAUCAGACAGAAGAUGCCAACGCAGAGCUAAUACAAGUUAAAACUCCAGAAGAAAAUCACUUUGUCGUACAUUGUAAAGGAGUGGCGGUUCCAUUACAGUCCCAGUUAUUGCCCCAAAAAAUUCUCUACGCUUUGAAUUCAAUCGAUAAACUCUCCAUAACGGACACAAUCCUUACAUCACUUUGCGACUCAACAGAUAUCCCAAAUGUCUUAAGAGAACAUAUUUCCUCGAAAUUAACAAAAGAACAACUGCUUAACAACUAUGAAGAGGUUACAGUUCUGUUCAACGAAUGUGUAGAUGACGUUUGCUCUGAAUUGAUGUUUAAUACCGACGGACAAGAUCAGCUCCGUAAACUUGAAGAUACGUUGCACGCAAUGAAGUCACUCCUCCAAGUGGAGAAGCAUGUUAUACUUGAAAUCUUCUGUCUGUACGGUUUAUGUUACAAUGGUGAGUUUAUUAUACCAUAUUCAUGUUUAGAGAACCGAACUCCAGUGCCCGAUUCUAGCGAAGGAAUCAGAUAUGCAAAUAUGUUGAAGCAGCAGUUAACAAAUCUUGUUGAUGACCCUAACUUUGGCACAGUGUUUCUGGUACCAAAAGAGAUUGUGAGGACUGUAAACGCGCUCCUCCUGAGCAUUCACUGCUUUAGGAAGGAGGAAUUCAACGAAGGAAUGUCGCUCAUUAACUGGGCAAACUCUAGGUCACUAAUGGAUAUUAGUCUUCCCGAAAAACAGAAGAAUCGACUCCUGUGGAGGUGUUUGUUCAGUUUUAAAACCCUCCAGAGUAUUUGUAACCUCGUUUGUAAGAAAUUUUACCAAAGGUUACUGGUGCUUUUCGCCAGGAAAAAUCUACCUAAGGACGCUGAAAAUGAAGAUAACAUUUUGGACAUUUUCGGUAUUGAAAGGGACCUCGUUUACUGUAGGCCAUUGCUCUUUGACCUCGCAUUCAUAUACUACCAGCCCCCAGAACUAGAAACUGGAUCCAGAUUUAAAGGUAAGAAUAGUCUAAUAAAUUACGCCUCAGGAGUGAGGAAUAUGUUGUCAUCUCUUUGGAACUGA